UUGUUUUUUUUUUUUGUAAUAACGAUUAUGGCAGCGGAAAUUAAACCUUCUCCAAAACGAAAUGAACGUUUCAGUACGAAGAAGCCGGAGUUGUUAAGUAAAUUAGAAGGGAGUAGUGACGAUAUUAAUGCAGCAAUACUAGUGCCCGGUGAAAAUGGUGUUAUAAGUGUGUCAGACGAUAAAACUAUUCGUGUUUGGCUUAAACGCGAUUCUGGUCAAUACUGGCCGAGUAUCUGUCAAUACAUGCCAUCGGGAUGUACAUGUAUUUGUUAUGUUCAGGACACAAGGCAGUUGUAUGUUGGACAAGAGAACGGAACAAUUACAGAGUAUAUAUUGUCGGAGGAUUGCAAUAGGCUGUCAUUUGUACGGGACUAUUUAGCUCACCAAGCUCGUGUCGUAGCAGUGGUACAUUCUAAAGCUCAUAAUUGGAUAUUGUCAUGUAGUAAAGACAAAAUAUUUGCUUAUCAUUGCACGGACACAGCACGGCGCAUAGGAACAUACAAUUUUGAGACUCCGUGCACUGCAUUACAGUUUGAUGCGUUGGCCAAAUAUGCAUUUAUUGGUGAUUAUGCUGGACAAAUCACAAUGCUCCGUUGUGACGUUCAGGGAGCACAGUUAAUAACAACAUUCAAAGGACAUACUGCAAGUAUUCGUUGUCUUAAAUGGGUUGAAGGACCUCAAUUACUUUUUAGUGGUGCUAGUGAUCAUUCCGUUAUCGUAUGGGAUGUUGGUGGCAAAAGGGGUACAAUAUAUGAAUUGCAAGGACACAAGAAUAAAGUGUCAUCAUUAGCUUAUGCAAACCACACACAGCAAUUGAUUAGUUGUGGUGAAGACAAUGUUGUCGUAUUUUGGGAAAUGAACGCUAUGCGCAAAGAAGUCCCUGCAUGGGUGGAGAAUAAUAAUUGCCAAAUAUGUUCACGUCCAUUUUUUUGGAAUUUUCGCUCUAUGAUGGAUCAAAAACAAAUUGGUAUACGCCAACAUCAUUGUAGACACUGUGGUAAAGCUAUUUGCGAUAACUGUUCUGCCAAUCGGAUAAAUAUUCCAAUAAUGGGUUUUGAAUUUGACGUCCGUGUUUGUAAUCCAUGCUUUAAUGAAUUGCAAACUGUUGAACGUCCAUCAUUGGCCUCUUUUCAUGAUGCUAAGCACUCAAUUGUGUAUAUGGAUUUAGAGGAAGAACGUAAAAGAUUGCUUACGGUCGGACAAGAUCGAGUUAUUAAAGUUUGGGACUUAUCUACAAUAUGGGUUUAACAUAAACGAAAUAUUUAUAAAUAAUGUUAGAUACAUAAGAAACCAUAUGUAACUGAAUACAAUAUAAAUAAAAUAUUAUUAUAAGAUCCUUA